AUGGAAAAUGAUAAUGCAGCGAAUGUAGACAUUGCGUCAGCAGGAAGCAUUCAGCCUUCGAGUGAAAUAGUUCCGAGCGUGAUACCAAAGAAGGGAUCUGUCCACGCACCCUUGUUACAGCAACGACCUUUUUUAUUAACACAGAAAAAUAUCGGGAGAUCCAGGUCGGAAAGCAGAGAGAGGAAAAAGAGAAAGGACAGUGAUAUACUCCACCCCCAAUGCCAUGGGUCUGCUCUUCCAGUGACAGUCCGAAAUUUGAUUAGAUCGAAUGUAUUUGGAACAAGAAGUACUGCAGGAGUUGCAGAAGGGUAUAAACAAGCUAGCAUUGUGAUCCUUCACCAGUCGUUAGCUGAUGACUUUGAAAAAUUCUGCCAUGGAAACAGCGGACCUUUGCCGUUACUGUACAAGAGCAAAAUCGGGGAAUGGGACUGUCCUCCACUGGCCACAGAUGCUGACAUCAGGACUGACUGCCCUCUCUAUAACAAGUAUGAGUUUGGAGAAGUGACUGCGACACUGACCAACCUGAUGGACUAUGCUGAACAACUCCGGGAGAUGGUCACUUUCUACUUGGGCUGUAGUUUUUCCCUCGAGCCAUUAGUUUUAAGAGCAGGAGUUCCCAUACGAAACGUGGAGCAGGGAUGCAAUGUGAGCAUGUUUAAGACAAAGGUGUCAUGUUUCACAGUUGGCAGUUUUCACUGUAACUUGGUGGUGUGUAUGAGACCCAUCCCAGAAGACAAACUUAAUGCUGUCACACAGAUCACACACCCACUGCAUGAUCUCCAUGGAGCUCCACUUCAUAUUGGUGAUCCAGGGCUUUUAGGAAUUGAAAACCUGUCCAGACCAGAUUACGGAGAUCCAGUUCAGCCUCAGCCAGGAGAUGUUCCCGUGUUUUGGGCUUGUGGCGUAAGUGGAGUGGAAGCUGUCCGCAGUACUAAGACUGCUGCCCUGGCUUUCACACAUUCUCCUGGUUGCAUGUUUAUUACUGACCUUAAAAGUGAAAAGAAUGACAUCAGCCCUGCUAUACACCUCUCAGAAACACCAUGUGUGUUCUCCGUUUCAAAGAAUCCAUUACAUUAUAGCAUAACAUCUGCCGAAUCUGUGCAACGAAUCAGACGAUUAGAAAGACUUAUUACUGCUGAUUCAGAUGAAAGAGGUAACAAGAAUCUGCUUCUUCAGGAUGAACUCCUGAAGGCGGCAUUGUCUUUGUCACAUGCUAAGUCAGUGCUUAUAAUGACUGGAUUUUCUACCUACUAUGACCACAACCUGCCCAAAGAGACAGAUGGACUACCAGGAGCCAUUGCAAUGACAGCCAUGCUUCAUGCCUUGAAUAAAGAAGUUUCCAUAGUAACUGAUCAGAAAGCCAUUCACAUGCAUGAGAACAUAAUUAAAGAUGCUAUUCUGGAAGGUAUUUUGAAGACACCUGCCCAACAUAUGUUUUAUCAACAUAAAGAUACAGAUUCAGCCUUGAUGUUCCUGUGCUACGAAGGCAAUCUUCAUAAACCUAGAUUUGACUGCUUGAUUGCCAGAGGACACUUUGGCAUGGCUGCUGACAGGAAUUACUAUCACAAGAAAAAAGAAAAUAUCAAGCAUCAUGUUGACCCCACUGAUGAGCUGUUCGUAGCUGCACAGACCAUUCCAGGGAUGACUACCACAGGUAAGAUGCAACUACAUCAUCAUGUUGACCACACUGAUGAGCUGCUGAUAGCUGCGCAGACCAUUCUAGGGAUGACUACCACAGGUAAGAUGCAACUACCUCAUCAUGUUGAUCCUACUGAUGAGCUGUUUGUAGCUGCGCAGACCAUUCCAGGGAUGACUACCACAGGUAAGAUGCAACUACAUCAUCAUGUUGACCCCACUGAUGAGCUGUUCGUAGCUGCGCAGACCAUUCCAGGGAUGACUACUACAGAGAGGGUGCAACUACAUCAUCAUGUUGACCCCACUGAUGGGCUGUUCGUAGCUGCGCAGACCAUUCCAGGGAUGACUACUACAGGUAAGAUGCAACUACAUCAUCAUGUUGACCCCACUGAUGAGCUGUUCGUAGCUGUGCAGACCAUUCCAGGGAUGACUACCACAGGUAAGAUGCAACUACAUCAUCAUGUCGACCCCACUGAUGAGCUGUUCAUAGCUGCGCAAACCAUUCCAGGGAUGACUACUACAGGUAAGAUGCAACUACAUCAUCAUGUUGACCCCACUGAUGAGCUGUUCGUAGCUGCGCAGACCAUUCCAGGGAUGACUACCACAGGUAAGAUGCAACUACAUCAUCAUGUUGACCCCACUGAUGAGCUGUUCGUAGCUGCAAAGACCAUUCCAGGGAUGACUACUACAGGUAAGAUGCGACUACAUCAUCAUGUUGACCCCACUGAUGAGCUGUUCCUGCGCAGACCAUUCCAGGGAUGA